CGUGUGCGUGUCAGCGAACGCGAUGACGUAGCACGCAGUCCAGCUUCGGCCUGUACGGAGAGCUGAAUCCGGGAGCUCGAGUGUAGAACGGAGCCGGUCUUAGAGGCAUCACACCCGGAUUCGUUAUGAGUAAAAGGAAGGCCCCGCAAGAGUCACCGAACGAUGGGAUUACAGACUUCCUGACUGAGCUGGCUAAUUAUGAACGAAAUGUAAACAGAGCCAUCCAUAAGUACAAUGCAUACAGAAAGGCCGCAUCUGUUAUUUCUAAAUACCCCACAAAAAUAAAGAGUGGUACAGAAGCAAAAAAACUGGAUGGUGUCGGAGCCAAAAUAGCAGAGAAGAUUGAUGAGUUCCUGGCCACCGGAAAACUACGCAAACUUGAAAAGAUUCGACAAGAUGAUACAAGCUCCUCAAUUAAUUUCCUAACAAGGGUCAGUGGUAUAGGGCCGGCUGCUGCUCGGAAACUGGUGGAAGAAGGAAUCAAGACAUUGGAAGACCUCCGGAACAAUGAACACAAAUUGAAUCAUCAUCAAAAGAUUGGUUUAAAGUACUUUGAAGAUUUUGAAAUGCGCAUCCCUCGCAGCGAAAUGGUUCAGAUGCAGGAUAUUGUUUUAAAAGAGGUGAAUGAGCUGGAUACAAAGUACAUUGCCACAGUGUGUGGAAGCUUCAGGCGGGGUGCAGAAUCCAGUGGGGAUAUGGAUAUUCUUCUAACGCAUCCAAAUUUCACGUCACAGUCUACCAAACAGCCUCACCUAUUGCACCAGGUAGUGCAGUGCUUGGAGGAGUGUGGAUUCAUUACAGACACAUUGGUGAAGGGAGACACUAAAUUCAUGGGUGUUGGCCAGCUGCCAUCUGAUGGAGAUAAAGUACAUCCCUUCCGCAGAAUUGACAUAAGAUUGAUUCCAAAAGACCAGUAUUACUGUGGGGUUCUCUAUUUCACUGGCAGUGAUAUUUUCAACAAGAAUAUGCGUUCCCACGCUCUAGAUCAAGGCUUUACUUUGAAUGAAUACACUCUUCGUCCGCUUGGAGUCACAGGGAUAGCUGGAGAGGCUCUCCCUAUAGAUAGCGAGAAAGACAUCUUUGACUACAUCCAGUAUAGAUACCGUGAGCCACAUGAGCGGAGCGAAUGAAUUGAAAAUCUCUGCUCCAAUACAUUUCAUUUCCUGAUUGUUACUGUUCUCCAUAUGUAACCCUCCAGUGGGGAAAAAUACAUUAGUUGUAUGCAUUCACGAGUUAUAGGUAUCUUACAGAAACAAUGAUUUAUUUGAGUGUGUAUGUCUGACUCCAUUUAAUCCUUAAUGGACUAUAUACGGUUGUUUUACAUUUUAAGUGACCAUAUUGUUUGGGGGGAUGGUUUCCCUCAUGGGGAGAGGGUGUUUGUUUGUUUUUAAACGAGAGGUCUCGUUAAUAGGAAUCAUGCAAUGAUAUUAUCUCCAAAGACAGUGUUCGCCACAUCUGAUAAUCAGCAGAGAUAUAACCAGUUGUUAUUCUAGGAGUAAUGUUCUUGUGAUGCUCUCAUAGAAGAGGCAGGUGCUGAUAACUUCAUAUGUUUUAAAUGUAAGCUUAAAGGAACACUUAAGGCACCAACACAACUUUUAGCCUACCUGUUUAGAUUUAGCUUCCUCAAUGAAUGAAUUAAAAAGGUAGUUUUACUUGAACCAAUCUCAGUGCAGCUCCACAACCUCUCCGGCUGAGACCAUCAGUCUUGAUGAUAUUAGCCAAUCCAAUUUUUCCUUAUAGGGAAGCAUUAGGAGGCAAGUGUUCAUGCGAACCAAAUGCCACGCUGUGCCAAUCAACAUAUACUCUGAAUCACUACAUUAAUCUUUACUGGUUCUGGUAACUAUAGUGGCCAUUUAAUAAUAUGUCCAGUGGGGGCUGGGCUGUGGGUGACCAUUUCUUAGCACCGAAGGAUUCCAGACACUAGAACCAAUUCAAUAAAAUAAAUGGUUAUAGCACCCAGUGUGUCCCUUUGAAAGCUGGAAAAAUGAACUCCAUUUUCUAGAAAUACUAGAGAAAUACUCAAAGGUCUGCUGUAAAGAUAUUGCAUCAUUAUGAUUGGCUGAUCAUUUCCUUGUCUGGGCAAUGAUCACUGUUGAAAGUUUAAAGACUGUGAAUUAAUUACAGGUGCAGCAACUUCAAAUAUGAGGUUUUGGGUUUUUUUUCGUUGUGAUCAGUCCCACCCAUAUGGACAUAUUUAUUCAGAGAGAGGAUUUGAAUGCCUGUCAUUUUUCACGUGGGUAUUAUUUUAGGAUAGCCACAAAGCUUUUUGUUUACAUUUGAAGCUCAUUGUAUUUUAAGAUAUUUUUAUCUUAUGGUAGCCAGUAAGCUAAGGGAAUGUAGCUGCUAAACAAAACUCUCAUUAUGACUGAGACUUUCUACAUUUCUUGUGUGAUGUUAAUAGAGGUCAUAUUUAUGAUGGCUUUAUGGCUUUUUAAAAGGCAUGCUCUUAUUUGUCUUGCUUUUAGAUUUCAAAGGCCCAGAACCUUCCUAUUUAUAUGUGCUUUGUUAAUGUAAUCUAAAUUACUGUAACAUGAGGCUCAAUAUUGCUACAGGAAAAUGUUCACGCACAUGGUGUAAUUUUUUACAAUAUUGCUAAAUAUUUUCCUGUUAGUACGGGUGCUGGGUUGGUGAAUUUCUUAUUAAAACCAUGAGAUUGCUAUUAAAUGUAUCCCCCUUUUA